UGUUACUUCCGGCGAGCCACAGCCACCUGGCUGGCCUCGAACAAACUCCAUGACUGGGCUGGGGAACAAACGCCGCUGGACCAAGGGCCUCCUGGACCGGAGGUGGGACGGUGCCAUGGCUCUGCCUGGGGGGCCAGCCACACAGACAGGCCAGCGGAGGGUCAGUGGGCGCCUUCUGCAGCUUUGCUUCUUUGCUGUGGCCUUGCUGGAUGGCUCAGCCUGGCCCUGCCCGCCCCCCUGCCGGUGCUUCGGGAACACCACGGUCUUUUGUGCCGAGGGAGCCACCCGGGACGUCCCCCGAGGGAUCCCUGCCAAUGCCACCCGGCUGAUGUUUGUGGAGACCUCUCUGCAGUCCCUCCGCAGCCGGGCCUUCAGCAACAGCAGUGCCCUGACCCAGCUGGUCUUCCUCAAGAACCCUCUCCGCUCCGUGGAAGAGGCUGCCUUCGAGGGGCUGCCCAGCCUCCGAGAGCUCGUGAUCUCCGGGAGUAACUUGAGUGCUCUGACCCGGGAGGGUUUGGCCGGCUUGGCCCACCUCAGCAGACUCUCUGUCAAGUUCAGCCCCCUCACAGCCCUGGAGGGGGGGCUCUUCAACAACACCCCUGGCUUGGAAUCCCUUCACCUGCAAGGCAACCAGGUGGAGUCUCUGCCCGCCCACAUCUUUCAGCCGCUCAAGUCUCUGGAGAGCCUCCACCUGACUCAAAGCCUCCUGGCUGGGCUGCCGGAGGACGCCUUUGAGCCUCUGCCGCGCCUUCGGGUGCUCCAGCUGAGUGACAACCGAUUGUCCCGCCUCCUGCCAAAGACCUUCUCCCCCCUGUCCAAGCUGCAGGAGCUCUUCCUGGGGGGGAACCAACUGGCAGAGCUGCCCAGAGGCAUCUUCUCCCGGCUGCCCCACCUGAGACGGCUCCACCUGCAGUACAACAGCCUCCAGCGCCUUUGCCCCACCACCUUCUCCUCGCUGCCCAGCUUGACUGCCUUGUAUCUGGACAGUAACCAGCUGGCCGACCUGCCAGACGGGCUCUUUAGGGGGACGCCCAACCUCACUCUCCUCUCUGUGGCCCACAACCAUCUCCAGACCAUCCCGGAGGGGCUGUUUGGCAAUCUCUCUUGCUUGUCUACCCUGGUGCUCUCACACAACCGCCUCUGCUCCCUGCCCGCUGGGGUCUUCCAUGGCUUGUCUGCCCUCAGCAAGCUGCAACUGGACCACAACCGCCUCCGAGAGCUGCCGAGGGAGCUACUUGCUGACCUCGGCAACCUGGAGGUGCUGGGCCUUGCCCGCAACAACUUCACCACGCUGCGGAGGGAUGCAUUUGCCAACCUCACCCAUCUGAUGGUGCUGGACCUUGCCAGCAACCACCUGGCAUCGCUGCCGGUGGGGAUCUUUGACGGCAAUGCCUUCCUCUACAGUGUGGCUCUGGAAGGCAACCCCUGGGCCUGCGACUGCCAUUUGGCGGGCCUGGCGUCUUGGCUCCAGGAGGACAGGUGGAGGCUUAAGGCAGACGCCUUUUGCAGCAGGCCGUGCCGCCUGGAGAGCGUGAGCCUCCACGAAGUCCCGGAAGAGCUGCUGGUUUGUCUGCCUGGCCCGGAACUGGCCAACUGCAGCCGCACACUGGCUCAGGAUGCCUCCAGCUCCCCCUGGUCUCCAUGCCUUUAUCAGGACCCAGCGGGGGCCAUCCGGCUCAUCUGCAGCAGAGACCGCUGCCACCAGCUCAGCCUGUGUCUCCCACAAGGUGAGCCCUCGAAUGGCUCGUGGCCACUGAGUCUCCACAGGGAAUGGGCCCUGGACUCGCAGUGCGGGGCAAGGAGAGUCCGGAUAACAGUGAACAUUCAGGAAGAAGAGCCGGUGUAGGAAGAGGGGGCCUUCCCAGGGGGCGGGGGCAGCUGCAAAGUGGGGCGUUCCUGAAGGAGGACGUUUCUGCCCAGGCCAAGGGCAGCUGGUGUGGCAUAGAGGGCAGGAUCAAGUCCCACCUUAGCCUUGGGCAAGCCUCAGUCUCCGUUCCCAUCGGAAUGACAGAGCCCUGCCUUGCCGUUUGAAGACCAAGCCAGCCACCCGCGCAGACUGCUGCCUGUUCACAAAAGGUCCGCUGUGCCCUUGACCAAGCCACACACUUCUCCCUUCCCCCCUUUGUGUGGCCUGCCCAUCAUUUCUCCAGGGAAUCAGCUGCCCCAAAUUGCCUGUGGCAAGCAAUGAAACCAGAGCUGCCUGCAAGGUGUACAUGGGCGGGGGCCUCAUCUCAGACCCUGCUCAGGGAGGGGGCAAGGAAUGAGGUGGGAUCUCACUGUGCCAAAAGUUGCCGCCAUUUCGAACCCCCCACCCCACCCCCACCCCCACUGGCUCGUGCACCUUUUGAUCUCAAUGGCUGUGAAUAAAGACGCUGUUGCCAAGGCUCCCUGG